CGGGAUGAGCGUGCCGGAGUCGAGCAACGGCUCGCCCACGGAGCUUCUCGCCUCCGGCUUCCGCCGCGCUGACGUUGUUCGUCUGGUCACGCAGUGCCUGCACUCUCUUGGCUACGAGCGCGCUGCGUCGGAGCUCGUUAACGAGUCGGGCGUGCAGUGCUGGCCGGAGCCCGUCUCGCGCUUCCGCGCCGCCCUAUUGCAUGGCGAGUGGGGCGCAGCUGAUGCGCUCAUCACAAACCUACACCUUCCCGACCCGGCGAGCCGGCGCGUGCGUUUCCUGGAGCUUAGCACCUACCUACUCUGCCGCAGCGUGGAGGAGCUCAAGGCGCGCAGCGGGUGGGAUGGCGGCGGAGGCGCGUCGCGGCGGCUGCUCCUCGACGAGCUGCAGGAGCACAUCCCUCCCUCACUCCUGCUCCCCGAGAACCGGCUCGAGACGCUGCUGCAGCAGGCAGUCCGCUGGCAGACAUUGCACGCGCCCCCACUCACGCCCGACGACGUCUCCCCGUCGCUCUUUGAGGACGUCUCCUUUCGCCACGAUGGUCUGCCUCGGGAGGCGUCUCUGGUGCUCGAGGGCCACGCGGACGAGGUGUGGUGCGUCGCGUUCUCGCACUCGGGCGCCGCCCUCGCCUCCGCCUCCCGCGACGGCGCCGCCGCCUGCAAGUGUUGGCCCCCUCGGGGAGCAAGUCUCACGUGUUCGCGACUCGUCCGCACAGGCGCUAUCGUGCUGUGGGAGGCGACGAAUCCGCAGUUCGCUCGGCGCGCGCUCAUCCCGGCACACUCCGGCGCCAUCGCUACUGUCGCGUGGAGUCCCGACGACACGCUGUUGCUCUCGUGCGCCGCCGACCGCACAGUCAAGUUGUGGAACGCGCCGGCGGGCGACUGCGCCGCGACCUUCCGCGAGCACACCGAGGCGGUGACCGCGGUCGUGUGGCUGCCUUCGGGGGCGCACUUCCUCUCCUCGAGCAGCGCUGGCAAGCGGGUCAUCCUGUGGGACUUGGGCGGCAACGCGCUGCAGUCGUGGCACGGCCCGCGCGUCACGGACCUUGCCGUCGCGGCCGACGGCGCGCGGCUGCUGGCCGUGAGUGGCUGCACAGUGCGGAGCUGCCCGCUCACGGCGGGUAGCGACGGCACGCCGCGGAUGGUGACAGAGGACGUCCACUCGUGGGAUGAGACUGACGCGAUCUCGUCCCUCGCGAUCUCGAGGGACUCGCGCGCGGUGCUCCUCAACGUGGGGUCGCAGGAGGUGCAUGCUUGGGACGUGGACGGGCGGCGGCGGCUGGGCUCGUACUCCGGCCACCGGCAGGGCCGCUUCGUGAUCCGCUCCGCCUUCGGCGGCAAGCACGACGGGCUUGUCCUCUCGGGCUCCGAGGACACGCAGGUCUACGUCUGGCAUCGGCACAGCGGCGCGCUGCUGCGGAAGCUGCCCGGCCACUCGUGUGCUGUCAACAGCGUCUCCUGGAGCCCGGCCUCGCCGCACCUGUUUGCCUCGGCUUCCGACGACCACACUGUCCGAAUCUGGGGGCUGCCGCCACCCUCGGUUUCGUAGGUUCGCCCGCCGGCGGCUCGCCGUUCCUGCGCCCGCUGGGCCGAGGCUGAGGGGAUGCGAGGGCCUCAGUGCUCUGCGGUCCCUGCAGCUGUGUAUAGUAGAGAGGGGCGCUGGAGAUCUGGAGCGGGUAGCGGAGAUAUCCAAGGCAGCCAGAGGCCAGAGGCUCCCGCGCUGGCACCCCGCUGGCAGGCUCCAGGCACUCUGCGAUGUGCGAAACACGCGAAAGCAAAAGGGAGAAACCGUAUGGCUAUGCCUAUGCGCUAUGGCAGCAGACACGAGACAGGAGAGAAUUCACCAGAAAAGGCAAAUGUAAAGC